GCAAUGGAGUCUUCACAAGGAGACGGAGACGAUGAAGCUAAGAGGGAAACACUUGCAGGUGCAGGAUCCUGUCAAUUUUGUCAUCUAACAGUUGGAGUGGCUGUUGCUAUAGCAGCAUUAACCCUGAUUGCAGGACUCCUAUUGUCCUUCAUUUUAUUUGUCAUAUUGACAGCAGCACCAGAAGCAAGUCAGACAUCAAGGCAGGAACUGCUGGAGCAACUGCAGCAGUGCCAGAAACAGCACCGUGAUGUGAACCUGAUGCUUCACACUGUCACUCAAGACUCAAGGUGCAGUUUGUGCCCUGAAAAGUGGCUGUGGUGGAUGGGACGUUGCUACUUUUUCUCAGUUGGACUGCAGGAAAAUCGGCGAUGGAAUGAGAGCACCGAGUUCUGCCGGCAGCACAACAGCAGCCUGGUUGUAAUUGAAGACUCUGCGGAGAUGGAUUUCAUCCAAGGAGUGAUGAGGAAGUUCCCCCAGAUUCCUUUCCUGUGGGUGGGACUGACAGAUGCCAAGCAGGAGGGUCAGUGGCUGUGGGGCGAUGGGAGGGCAGUCCAGCACUACAUGCAGGUGAUGGUGGAGUGGGAUGCUGAUCACAGGGACUGCGCAGACCUGAGGGGAGGCGCGAGUCUGUUCGCCGCUGACUGUGAAGAGUACGGACCGUGGGCUUGUAAGAAGGAGUACUGACACACAGUUACAAUUUAUUUUACACACAGUUUACUUACAAUGUCAAUUUGGCAUGACACAAAAGGUAAACAAAAAGCUGUUUACAACUCUAAAAUCUAUGAAUCUUAGGAAAAGAAGCCAAAAGGGACAGGAGUAAAAGACGUUAAGUUAGCCAUAUAAAACAUUUAUUGCCAUCUGAAAGUGCAUUAUAAAGUGCAUUCAUAUAUGAAGAGGCAAAAUGUCGAAAAAAAUAGGCAACAUGUUGUUGCCUUCAGUUUUGGACAGAGUUAGCUUAUACUUUAAAUUGCAGGU